GUUGUUUCACACGCGAAAACCGAAUUCCACCGACGCGACAUGCGAUAUGUCCGCAAAUAUAAAGGCUACAUUUCUAUAACAACUCAUGUAGAGCUUAUUAGAUAAUCCAUUUUAAAGACAGACAGGAAGAUAGUUGUGAAUUAGAAUUGAUACAUUGAUAUCGUCAGUUAGUUGUUAACAGUGAAAUAAGAAGCACUUAUUCAAAUGAGCUGCCCUCUUGCAUCACAUGAUUACUCUCAAGAUGGAGAUCAACUUGGUGACGAAGCUGGUAUGCUAUAUGGAGAAUACCUGAUGCUUGACAAAAUACUGGGAGCCCAAAGACCCUUAUCAGAAACUAACAGUGAUUUGGUGCACGAUGAGCACUUGUUCAUCAUAACCCACCAAGCUUAUGAACUCUGGUUCAAACAAGUUAUAUGGGAAUUGGAUUCGAUUAGGCAUAUUUUUAGUUCAAUAUUAGAAGAAUCCAAAACGUUAGAAAUUCUUCGAAGGCUGAAUAGGGUUGUACUUAUAUUAAAGGUUUUAGUAGAUCAAGUUAUGAUACUAGAAACGAUGACACCUGUAGAUUUUAUGGAAUUCCGACAUUAUCUAAGACCAGCAUCCGGUUUUCAGAGCUUGCAAUUUCGCUUGCUUGAAAACAAAUUAGGUGUAACUCAGGAAAAUAGGGUCAAAUAUAACAAAAAUUAUGCCAAAGUAUUCGGACACGAUGAAGAAGCCAUUAAGAAAAUCGAGCAAUCAGAAGCGGAACCCUCCCUCAAAGAUUUAGUGGAAAGCUGGUUGGAAAGAACACCUGGAUUGGAGAUUGAGGGUUUUAAUUUUUGGGGAAAAUACCACAAAUCAGUUGAAGCUAUAUUGAACGAGGAGCAGGAGAAAGCUAACAAAGAAAAAGUAGAAAGUCUAAGAAACUAUAAACUGAGCGAGUUAGAAAACCGAAUAGAAGUAUACGAGUCGAUUUUCAGGCCCGAAGUUCACAAAGCGCUGUUAGCUAGAGGGGAACGAAGAUUGUCAUAUAAAGCACUUCAAGGAGCCAUUAUGAUAACAUUUUAUAGAGACGAGCCCCGAUUCAGUCAGCCACAUCAGAUUCUUACCCUAUUGAUGGAUAUCGAUUCAUUGAUUACUAAAUGGAGAUAUAAUCACAUGCUAAUGGUUCAGCGAAUGAUAGGAACAUCUCAAUUAGGGACUGGCGGAUCCUCGGGAUAUCAUUAUUUGCGAUCAACACUAGGUGAUCGGUAUAAAGUUUUUAUAGAUCUCUUUAACCUAUCUUCAUUUCUUAUACCACGUUCUUACAUACCUAAACUGGACGACUCAAUGAAGACUCAAUUAUGGUAUUGGGGCCCGGUUCGGAAACCGACCAAGGAAGAUGCUGCACAACCGGAAAAAUCCGAAACAAACGGAAAAAAUCUUUUACUAGAGUCAACUUAAUUUAAACUUUUCUUAUAUUUUACAAAAUAUAUGUAAGCAGAA